GAUGCCCAUUACAUUGUAGGGGGAAUUCACUUUAAAGUUCACGUGAACCUCAACUAUCUCGAGUCCAUCAGCCUGCUACGAACUUUCAUUCGUCGAAGCAGUCGCCAGCGUCCUGCCCGGCGAUGUCGGCUCGCUGGGCCGCGAAGCGAGAACGCGGCGACGCGGACGACGCCGCCGGGGCUGUGGGAGGCGCGGGGCCACCAGUGGAGACGAAGCGAAGACGCGGGGCCUCCUCCACCACCACCACCAACUCCACCACCACCACCACCAACUCCACCACCACCUCCACCAACUCCACCACCUCCACCACCCGCUCCUCCUCCACCACCCGCUCCUCCAUGUCGUCUUGCGGCCUCGCAGCUGCCGGGAAAUACGUGCAACAACUCCGGGAGCAGCUGAGCCGAGAGGAGCGCGUGCACGAGGGCGUGUGCCGCCUGCUGUCGGCUUGCACGCAGCGCGAGCAGACGCUGCACGCUGCCCAGGCGCUGUUGGCGUGCAACGCGCGCAUCCAGGUCUUCGGCGAGAAACUGCGCAAGGCGCAGGGUGCCGAGCUUGUCCGACGCGCGUCUCUCAGUGCUGCAGAUGAUGAUAACAAGGAGCGGUCAACUUGCAAGGCCAAAGUCUGUCUCUCAGACAUUCGAAUCCCACUCAUGUGGAAGGACACGGAUCAUUUUCAGAACAAAGGAGAAUUCCACAGAUAUGCUGUGUUCUGCCUGCUGAAGAUGGACACGGAGGUUUUCGACACAAAGAUGAUCACCGUGGAUCGCACAGUCACUGACGUCUUGUUCGACAGCGUGGCUGUGUUCCCUGCUACGGAGCCGGGCUUUGAGUUGCAGCUGGAGGUGUACAGCUGCUGCCUGCUGGAGGACCUCUCCAUGGCGAGCACCCCGCGCCGUCUCGCCAGCCGCCUCAGCUCCUCCGUGGGGCGUUCCACGGGCCAGCGCGUGCUGCGACAGCGCUCCCUGAGCGACUUGUCGAAGCCCGCUCCCCGUCAACCUCCAGUCAGAGCGCCUAAGUUCCACUUGCUGGCUCAGGUGGCAUUGACGCUGGAGCAUGUUUAUGAUGGCUUCCGGACUCACGACCUCACGAUCACGGGCAAAGAGGGAUAUUCAUAUUGGCUGCCACUCUACGGAAACAUCUGCUGUCGCUUGGUCGCUCAGCCAGCUUGCAUGACUGAGGACAGGAUGACCGGGUUCCUUAUCGUGCAGAGAGGAGAAAAGCAAGAUUGCAAGCUCUUCUGUGUGCUCGUAGAAGGCAAGCUGCUGUGUUUCACCACGCUAGAAAGCAAGGCCAAGGAACAGGAGCCAGUGUUCAGCAUACCCAUCAACAAGGAUACGAGGAUGCGCUUGGUGGGUUGUGAGGAUGGCGUGGAUCGGCUUCAAGUGCGAAACAUGGAGUCGGCACGGUGGCAGAGUCACACGCUGCGGGCACAUCGCUCCCCAGACCUUCUGGCCUGGCUGGAGGCACUCCGCCAGCACGUUUGGGAUCUCGACAAUUGGAAGCAGUGCUGUAACAAGGUCAUGGCAAUUGAAGAGCUGUUGCCCAGGGCAGCUAAUCUGCAGUCAAAGCCAGGAUCAUCUCUUUAUCAUGACAUGGCCAUCGACUCUCCAAGCAAAAACAUUUCCCUGCCGCCAACCGAUAGAGCCCAGCAGCCCGCCGAUAUGCCAAGUGCCUGUGGCAGCCUCGCCACCGUGCGGUGUGCGGGGACGGAGCCGACGCUCGCCGCGUCGCCCGGCGGCUCGGGCGACGCGGCCGACGCGAACGAGCCGGGAAGAGGACGGCGCAGCAGCGGAAUCGCGCGUCCCUUCGGCAGGAGCGUGGAGAAGCGCCCCGCCAUCGGCGGGGAGCGGCGGAUGUCCCUGGACGGAAAGCUGGCGGCGCUCAAGCAGCGAAUACUGCAAUGGCCCACGGCCGGAACCCCACGCAAGAUCCGGACGGCUGGCGGCCCCAGUGAGCGGCGUGUGGCCGCAGUGGCGGGAAUGGGAAGGCCGCCUCUUCCCCCGCGACGCUGCACACUCCAAAAGUGACGUGUAGAAUAGCAGCGGGAGGCGAGGUUAAGGAGCCGAAAGGUGGACAGGUGCAUACGUCUUGUGCUUGGGGAUUAAACGUCGUGUGAUUUAGAGUUGGGGAGUCCCUCAUCGUUUCGUCGUGGAGGGGUUAGUGCUGGAGUAAGGGCUAGAUUAAGGCUGUAGGCUUAAGUCGGAGAACAGCGUUGCCAGAUCUGUAGAAUAAAAGCUUCGCAACGAAUGGAAUUCACACCUCAAGAUGUAAUGAAAAAUAAUUUAAAAUGUGAUUUUUUUUGUUACAAAUGAUGAGAGUAACAACGAUACAACAGUUUACAUCCAGCUCAAGGAGAGUACGUGGGCUCUGGCGGCUGGCAGUUAAUUGCAAAUGUGAUGCAAUGAAGCCCAAUGACCAAGUUUACCAACAGUUAUAUAAAAAAUAUAUAUCUUAACUUGUCCAACUCAAUCUCUGAAUGUGUCGGAUGACUGACAGUCAAGAAAACCACCCUUCACAGAUCAUUCAGGAGUGCUGUUCCGUGUUUGGUUAGAUGAUUAAUUCCAGAAGUAAUUAGCUGGUGUCACCGUUCGAGGUAAUUCCUUAAUGUGAUACAAUGCUCUGUUGACUGCAGGAGUUCUGGAAAAAACAUGGUUCGUUGCUUCAUAAGACCAUAAUAGGGCAUUUGGGAUAUAACUGGUGAUUAGAACAUGAAAUGUAGCAUGUAAACAGAAAAUUACGUUUAUUUUUGGUGCUAGUCGCUUAAAAUCUGCAGCAGAUGUCAAUUGCUUUACUAAUGAGAGAGCCGUUUGGUGUUUUUCUGACUUUUUAUCUGGAAAGAUUUGCAGGGUGCUAACGGUUGAUGUAAUCUACGUUCAACUGCUGUGCUUGUGAACAUUUUGGUAAUGUUAUCAGUGAUGGUGAUGAUGAAACUACUGUUUUUGGUACUUGACGAUUGCUUAUUUUAUUUCAAAGUUGUCUUCUUUGUAGCGUGCCAACUACUGAAUGAACAAUUACUGGAUUGCAGGCGAUGCCUGUACAUUUUCCAUUGUUCGUACCUUUAAUUUGCAGUGGAAGUUUUAUCGUUCAUAGCAUUUAGAUUUUGAGUGUGUUGGGUUUAAAAUAGACCUCAGUUUUGUUGUGGUUAUUUGUAGAUUCAGAAAAUGGUACAUUUUGUCAGAUGACGUAAGAGUAACUACUGUAAACGCGUUUCAGUGCUGAUACGAAGCAGUGUGGCCCAGUGCUAUUUCUUUAGCGGCUCUUAAGGACAGGAGUGGAAAUGUAACAUUUCCCAGAUGGCGGAAGGGUAGUCCAAAAGGACACCCACUGACUAUUACAUUUGCAAAAAAGUGGUACGUAAUUUAUCGACUUACAAGAUGAUGGGCUGCAUUGAUCUCUUCCUGAGAUAUGAACUCACAAACCUCCCAAAUGUGAAUCGAAUUAACUACAGCCAAGUAACCUGGCUGGAUUAAAAGUGCCGGUGAGUGUGAAGUUGAAUAUAACUGUGUGUUACACUACUUGCGAUGUAAUAUUGUUUCCCUGACUUUCAAGUGGAACUGCAAGUCGACAGUUAAUGUAACGCAUGCCUCUUGACAUUUCCCACAAAUCCCCAAUGCUGAGCUUUUGUUACCAAUAAAAUGA